AGCUGACAUCUUGAUUCACUCUCCCAACACAAAGAAUCGGCCCCAUCACAAAUUGAGUGUCGUGCUUGUUCAUGACUAAUGUCAAGCCUUUGCCUUGAUAAGUUAAUCAUCAUUUUCCUAAUAUAUGCAUCUUGAUAACUUAAUAGUUUAGCUGUCCCUUAUUAGAGUUCCAGGGUUCAAAGUGAAUACUACUCCAGAAAAAUAUUUCAUAUGAAUGCCUAACUCAUCUAGGUGCUGUGUAAUUCGCCAUACCUAUUAAAUAUUUAAAUCAAUGCAAUGGGAGUGCCUUUCAUUUUUAACCUCCUUUCUGCCCAUGUGACAUCUUAACAACUAUCGCAGCAUCACAGUUUUUCGUGAUUUGUGAGUUUGUGAGCUCUAUAAUGCAUUUCUUAGGUUAAACCCAACCUUUCUUAGUUGACAUAUUGAGUGUGAUUGGUGGUUUAUUUGUUGUGACAGUUCUGAUAUGCAAUUGUCAAGGGAUCUGCAAGAAAAGGAAUUUAAGCAGCCAAAUGUUUAUUUUGGUUCAGGGUUGGUUAGAGGUCCUCAGGCUCUCGUAGCAAUGGGGCCAAAAAAGAAAAAGGAACAGACACGCAUUCAGGAUUUGAUAGCUACAGUUAAGGAAUCAGAUGAAGAGUUCCGAGCUUUUGCAGUAACUAUUCCUACAAGAGAAGAGAUGAUUCAGGAAAAUUUUCCCCUGACUGAUUGGAAACCUCCGACUCUUUCAUGGUGUUGCAAAAAUAUUAAUAGAAUCCGUCAUGCGGAAGAAAAGUUGGAUGCUGGAGAAAAGGGCAUGGAAUGGGUACAUGCUUGGAGCAAUUUGUACUGGAAGGGAGAAGUGAAACCUGGGAGCGAAGCUUUUGUUGAUCAUCCCGAGGAAGAUCAAAAGAAAUUAUUAAGACAAAUGUUGGAUGACAUAAAUGACUCAAAGACAAGAAUUUCUUAUAAAAAGUGGAAGUUUGCCUUGAUGAAGAAGAGUGAAAAGGAUCCUUCUCGAUUUAGGUUGGAGAGACGAGAAGAGGAGGGUGCUAAUAGUGCUGAAGUGAAAGUGAAAGCGGUUGAAGUGGAAGCGGACAUCCCCGCUGAAAAGAAAGUGGAAGCGGCUGAAAAGGAAGUUGAAAAGAAAGUGGAAGCGGCUGAAAAUGAAGUGGACAUUCCUGGAUUAAAUGUUGUUACUGUUGAUGAAGUUGGCGACCACCCGGUAGAGUUGUUGGACUUGCGCAAGUACAUAAAGAAUGGAGCUUCUACUCCGACUGCAGGCUCCCUUACAUUUAUAACCAGUCUGAACGUAAAGUUUUCAAAACUAACCAGCCUACGUUCAACUUUUCAAAACUAACCAGCCUAAUUCAUUAUAACUCUGGCGACCCCUGAAGGAGUUGUGGUGAGAGUAGUGGUCGCCCCUGCCAAGGGCGACCUGUGUGUUUUUUUUGAGAGUAACGGUCGCCCCUGGCAAGGGCGACCUGUGUUGAUUUGUGGUGAGGGCAUGGGUCGCCCGUGCCAAGGGCGACCCCUGUUGGUGGGUUUCCCUCCGCACACGGUCGCCCGUAGCAGGGGCGACCCACACUUAAUUUAAUUCGCAAAUAUUUUUUUAUUUACCUAAUUUUUUUUAUUUACCUAAUAUUUAAAGUUUAUUAAUUAUUUACCUAAUAUUUAAAGUUUUAUUUACCUAAUAUUGAAAUGUGAUGCAGAGAAUUAUUUUUUGAAGGGUGUGCAAAUAAUUUUGAUUGUAUGGUCACAUCCAAGGCCUGCACUGCAGUAGGUUUUUUAGCUUUUUAUUACAAAACAUU